AACGAGAUAAAAAGGUGUUUACCAAGAGAUCAGGCCACUCUUAGACCAGCGGGCUAAAAUUAGACCUGGUCCAUGAGGUUUAGACAGCGCUAACACUUUCACUGUUUGUUGUUGUUAUGUCUGCAACAGUUUACAGUCGAAGCUCAGGACCCUGUUCGAUUAGCAUAAAGUUAGGAAAAUGAAAAGCCAUUGGUGACAACUAACUGGAUUAAGGAAGCUUGAAUAAGGAGCUGCCCGGAGUGUAACCAACGGUGAUGUGAGAGGGAUUUCCCUUUGUCGGCUCUGCCUGUGCUUUCCUGGCCUUCCAGCUAAUCCUCAGCUAUUCUCACCAACGACCUUGGGCUCAAUGCUAAUCUGACCGUAGAGAGAGAGAGAGAAAGAAAGUCUACGUGUCUUUAAACCUUCAGAGGCUGAUUCUGCUCGUGUUAUGGGGAGCUUGGGUGAAGAACAGCGUCUCUCUGAUGCUUGCUCAGUUAUGAUCGUCCUCGUGUGCAGCAGUCAUGCUCUGUGAGGAGUCGUCAGCUGGGCUCACUGCUGCUCUGGAUUCUGUGGUUCGGCUGAAACCUGACACUGAGACCUCCACAGAUCCUGUGCAGGAAGUCAUUCACUGUAGCACUUAUGUUUCCUCUGUCAUCCCUGCACAUGGAGGCAUCAGUCUGAACAGCGAGGAGCCGUUCUGUCGUAUCUGUCAUGAAGGCAGCAGUGCGGGUGAUCUGUUAUCGCCCUGUGAGUGUGCCGGGUCUCUGGCAAUGGUGCACCGUGUUUGUCUGGAGCACUGGCUCACGGCCUCCGGCACCAGCCACUGCGAGCUCUGCCACUUUCAAUUCGCUCUGGAGAGACUUCCCAAACCGCUCACGGAGUGGUUCACUACACCCUCCAUGCAGCACCAGAGGCGGACGCUGUGCGGGGACGUGAUCUGUUUCCUGUUCAUCACACCGUUAGCGAGUCUGUCGGGAUGGCUGUGUGUGCAGGGAGCCAUGGAUCUGUACUACAGCAACGGCAUGGAGGCCAUCGGACUCAUAGUUCUCACACUGACACUGUUCACUAUUUACCUCUUCUGGUCUGCUGUAUCCCUUCGUUAUCACAUUCACCUUUUCAGGACGUGGAAUGCGACGAAUCCCAGUGUCCGGCUACAGAUUCCCCGCCCUGUGAAGACACAUAAGACACCAAAACACCUAACAUUGCACUUCUUGUGCAAAUACAAUAACAAGGAGACCAUGGUGUAAUGCAGCAUCAGGAUUACAUUUCACGAUGUCUUGAUUUUGUGAGAAGCCCUGAUUUAGAGUCACACUCAGAUUUGGAGAGACAUUCUGAUUUGGGACUCACACUGAAUUGAAGCGAUGCCCUAAUUUGGAGUGACGCCCUAAUUUUGAGAGUGAUUCGGAGUGAUGCCCUGAUAUUGAGUGACAUCUUAAUUUAGAGCGACACCCUGAUUUGGAGCAACGUCCUGAUCCGAAGUGAUGUUUUUACUUUGUUUUGUAAAUAAUGGGAAACUUUAAAGAAACUUUUCAGUCAUGAAAUUUCAUCAAAACAUGGGAAAAGCAUGUCAAACCACAGAAAAAGAAACCAGAGAACAAUGGUGUUGAGAUGAUAAUUGAGUUAUUUAUACCUGCAGGUUUCACUUUACAUGAUUGUUUCAUAAUUAUUCAGAAGAAUAUAUAUCUAGGUGAACAUACAGUAACUAGGUACGACAAUCAUACAGAUCAUUUCAUUACUGUUUGCUUUAUCAUGGAAACGCUUGAAUUAUAUAGAAAGUGUUUUUUUUUUUUUUGUUUGUUUGUUUUUUUCUCUCAUGAAAACAGGAAAAAUGUGAAUAUUUAACCAAAAGACUAAAACAAAUAUGCUUUAAAAUCUCGUGAACAUUGUAAAUGUCACAUCGGAAAAAUCCUCACGAGAAAAUUUCGUUCAAAGGUUUCGGGUCAAUACGAUUUUUUUUUUUUUUUUUAAUUAAUAAUUUUAUUUACAGAGGAUGCAUUAAAUUGGUCAAAAGUGACAGUGAAGACAUUUAAAAUGCUGUAAUGUUAUAAAAUAUUUCUGUUUCAAAUAAAUGCUUUUCCUUUUUAUUUUCAGGAUUCUUUGAUGAAUUAAAAGUUCAGUGUAUCACAGUUUCCACAAAAAUAUGAAGCAGCACAACUGUUUUCAACAUUGAUAAUAAUCAGAAAUGUUUCUUGAGCAUCAAAUCAGCAUAUUAGAAUUAUUUCUGAAGGAUCAUGUGACACUGAAGACUGGAAAUCACAGGAAUAAAUUACAUUUUUACAAUAUUAAAGCUUAAAUUAAAGCCACAAGCUUUAAUGGUUAUGAAUUGUCAAUUCAGUUCAAUGCCAUACAAGUCAGUUAAAUUUCUCUUUUAAUGUUAAGAAACAUUGUUUUACGUUUAUGUUCUGCCUAAAUGUUGUGGACAUGAUUUAAUUCCUAUUGUGAAAGUGAGAAACAAGCAAAUAAAAACAGGUUUUAAUUA